ACAUAAUUUAGUAUAGUUUGGAAUGAUGGUGUUAUAAUCGGCUAAUCGUCCAAUCCCUGCACGGCAAUUUCGAUGUGAAUGAAAGCUGUGAACUGUAUCUUUGGUUCUCUCGCCGUUGCUAUUCUGACAUUUGAACAGAAAAGCCGGAGUUUCAACAAAUGAAAAUUCUAUACAGAAAAGAAAAAAAAUUAUUGUAUACUGAGUCCUGACCAUACGGAAACAUCUUACAGAUGGUUGUUCUUUCUUCUGCUCUGCAUGAAGUCAUCAUCAACACAUGGCUUCGAAUAACCUUUCCAAUCCAUUGCAGCAUAAUCGACAAACUACCUUUCUUUUAACUGCUCCAGAUGUUGCAGUAACUAACUACUUUGCUCCUUAACCUUGAGUCCAUCUACUGUAGAACUGUCCCGCCGGAACAGUAAAAAAAUGGCGUUUCGGCUUUCAGUUCAACUUCAGAGAACAAUAAGUAUCAUUCAAUGAGGAAAAUCCAGUAAAACCCAGUACAGUACCGAUCAGAUAUGCUUCCCCAAAUGGGGUUAUUCGGGUUUUCCCGCAUAUUUCCUCCAUGGUUUCUGCUUCUGUUAAUGGUUACGGGAGUCGUUGGGUUUGGUUCAAUGGGUCCAAUCUCUGCCGCGUUCGGAGAAGAUGGUUUCUUCUGCGCGAUUGAUGCGAGCGGGAAACAAGACGUGGUAUGCUGGGAGAGGAACAGCUCCUUAACCUCUGAUGCUGCGUAUUUCAGCGCUUUACCUCCCAUGGCUGCGCUCACGGGGGGCGAGCGUUUCAUGUGUGGCCUUGAAGCGAAUACUUCUUUUCCCUAUUGUUGGAACUCGAUUAGCUCAGGUACGGAUCUCGUCCCUUUCAAUCUCCGAAACACCGGUUACUCCCUCAUGGCCGCCGGGAAGAAUCAUGUCUGUGCCAUCAGAGGAUCCUAUUACUUCAAUGCCGAUUCGGGUCCCGUCGACUGUUGGGAAAUGCGACCAAGUUCGAAUGACACAUUGGUUUCCGUCUAUAAUUCCUCGUUUUCGGAUCCGUCCGUUAAUAAUCUAGUUUUGAGAAAUAUCGUUUCUGGUGAAGGUUUUACUUGCGGUGGAGUAAGAGAAGGAGGGAUUGUUUGUUGGGGACCCAAAGCAGCCGACCUGAAGGUGCAGGAAGUGUCUGAGACUUUCGUGAGUCUUGCUUCGGGGAGGGAUUCUCUGUGUGGGAUAUCUGGAGUCUCCGGUGAGGUCCAAUGUUGGGGCGUAACUGAUUCGUUCAAUAAUCCUCCGAUCGGUACUCGAUUCGUCUCUUUAACUGCCGGCGCACGCCAUUUCUGCGGGAUUCGGGAGAUGGACCACGCGAUCGAGUGUUGGGGGAACUUCGAUGCUUCGUCAGUUCCCACGGGUUCUGGGUUUCUGGCCAUUGCUUCGUCUGAUAACACCACUUGCGGUGUUAGAGAAGAUGAGCUCAUACUUGAUUGCUGGGAGAUUCAUGGCCCAUCGUCUACGGAUUACCGCCCUCCAUUGCAGCUGUGCAGUCCUGGUCUCUGUACAGCCGGUUCCUGUGGAGAAGGGAAUUUUGCUUUCAAUGCCAGCAUCCUCAACGUGCCUGAAGUAACGAGCUUGUGCGUCAGGAAAGAGCUGCAGAUUUGCUCUCCUUGUCGAUCCAACUGUUCAGAAGGCUUCUUCCCAUCUAGUUUGUGCGAUGAGAAUGCCGAUCGAGUGUGCACCGCUUGCUCUCUUUGCCAGAAUAGUUCAUGUUGGGAUGUGUGUGGGCUCCCUGCAUCUCCGGAGAUGCAGAGGCAGCGGCACCACCAGAUGAAAGUGAUGAUCAUCAGCAUUGGGUCUUCUGUGUCAGGUCUAGUCUUGAUCUUAAUUGGAUGCCUUUUACUUUACCGUGUCAUCGCAUCUACGAAGGAACUCCCAGAUAGAGAGAAGACGAAAUGCAUGCCCUGGUUAAACAAACCUGUGGAGGAACCCGAGACCAACAAUGAACCACCGGCACCUUUGAGCACAGCCACAUCCUUUGGGACAACCCAGGUGUUCCGUCUCUCAGAACUUAAGGAUGCUACUAACGGGUUCAAGGAGUUCAACGAGCUAGGCAGGGGAAGCUAUGGAUUUGUUUACAAAGCAGUCCUUUCAGAUGGGUUGCAGGUAGCAGUCAAGAGGGCCAACGCCGCCACGAUAAUCCAUACUAACAGCCGGGACUUUGAAGCAGAGUUAGAGAUCCUCUGCAAGAUUCGACAUCCCAAUAUUGUGAACUUGUUGGGUUACUGUGUAGAGAUGGGUGAGAGGCUGCUUGUCUAUGAAUUCAUGCCCCAUGGCACACUUCAUGAUCACCUCCAUGGUGGGCUCUCACCUCUGAACUGGGCCCUCAGGUUGAAGAUCUCAAUGGAGGCUGCGAAGGGGCUUGAAUACCUUCACAAGGAUGCCGUACCUCCCAUUGUCCACCGGGAUGUCAAGACCUCGAACAUUCUCUUAGACUCUGAGUGGACAGCCCGAAUUGCAGACUUUGGGCUUCUGACCUCUAGUGGCAGGGACUUAAAUGCAGAUUUGAUGAGUGAUGUAUACAGCUUUGGUAUAGUACUGUUGGAGAUUCUCAGUGGAAGGAAAGAUUAUGACGAGGAUUUCACUCCUCCGGGCAUUGUUGAUUGGGCAAUGCCCUUACUUAGACAGGGUAAGGCGGCUGCAAUCAUUGAUCCAAAUAUUGCUCUUCCAAGGAAUGUGGAACCCUUGCUUAAACUUGCAGAUAUCGCAGAGCUUGCAGUGAGGGAAGAUCCUUCUGAGCGCCCUACUAUGUCUGAUACUGCUCUGUGGUUGGAGCAACUUGUGAAGAGUGGAUUGACCUUUUAGUGGUGAAGGUUGAUCCACCCAAUAGGCUAAAUUGGAUUGAUCAAGGCAGAAGACUGAGCCAGAGUAGUUUUGGCAGACUGCUCUCCUAUACUGUACAGUUUCUGUGAACUGGUUGUAUAUUUCAUUACUUAACAUUCUUUUUCUACUUCAAAAAGUGAAGCAGAUUAUAAUUGUUGGGGCAAGGUUCUGAAUCUGUUCUAUGUUUUUUAUGCCCUCUCAUCUUAAGCAUUUUGUUAGUAGCUUUGUUCACAUGUAUUUUUUUGGGUAUAAGUUCUUCCCACACAAAGUGAUGGGAUGGUGAUGGUUAUGGACGAAAUGAUAUCCUCUGUAAGAUGUAUUCUCUGUUUAUUAAAUAAAAGCUCUGCCAACCUUCCCAUA